GAAAAGUUCAAUAUGGUAGGUAAUCGUUCACACUUUCUGCUCGUUCAUGGUGCUUGUCUUGGUGCAUGGUCUUGGUACAAACUAGUGACUUUGUUGGAAGAGGCAGGCCACAAAGUUACAGCCUUAGACUUAGCUGCAUCUGGGCGAAACCAGGAGCGGAUUCAAGAUGUGCUAACCAUUGAUGACUACCACAAACCACUCUUCUCGUUCAUGGACGCUCUUUCGCCGGAGGAAAAAGUCAUUCUUGUUGGCCACAGCAUGGGUGGCUAUGCUGUUUCCUCAGCCAUGGAAAGAUAUCCAGAGAAAAUUGAUUUUGCUGUUUUUGUUUCUGCUCACAUGCUUGGUCCUGAAUUGCCCCUAGACAAACUUGACGAAUGGGAUCUAAAACUUGCAACGUUGUUAGUAAGACCGACCAAGUUCUUCACGGACCAGGAGUCAAAUCAACAACUUAGGGUUACCGAGGAAAAAUAUGGGUCAGUUCGUCGGGCAUAUUUCAUUGGUGGAUCAGACGUGGCGAUGCCGGCGGAUGUGCAAAGGUGGAUGGUAGAAAACAAUCCUCCAGACGUGGCCAAGGAAAUAAAAGAAGCAGAUCACAUGGUUAUGAUAUCUAAAGCUCAAGAACUUUGCACCAAUUUGCUCGAAAUUACCUCCAUGGUCUAGGGAGAAGAAAUUCGCUAUAGCAGUCAAUGGGGAUGUUCAUUAAUUAUGCAUGUGAUACACGAUAAAAUAUUGGUUUAUCUAUCAGGUAACCAAUAGGCAAUGGUGUAUCUCCUUGACACUCUUAUUAAU